AUUCCCUUAGACUAUAUUUGCAGAAGUUGAGCUACAAAAUGUGUGUGGAUUAAACCCAAUUGUUUUGUAAAAUAGGGACGAAGCAUUCUUUGAAAUAUCAAAUGCGUGUAAUCCUAUCAUGUUUAUAAGUGUAACAUUUUUACAGGCGAGUGGAGAGUAGACCUUUGGUCGUUAUGAACUAUCAAAGUGUCGCCGCCAGUGGUCUGGUCUUCAUUCUGGUGGUCAGCUGACCUGUGGUCGCAAACGCUUUACAAAUACUUCAGCUUAGAGAUCUUGUUACAGUGAAAUACCUACAGUACACACUGGCUGAAAAUGGCCAGUGCAUCAUGUUUAGCCAGUCCCAUGGGUCCACGAGAAGAACUGAUUCUGGAGACGUUUUUCUCAAAACUGGGUCAGCUGGCUUUUGAUAAAGCCAAGGAGAUGAUGGACAAGGAAAAGGAGGCUCACAAGGCCUUUACAACAGCAUCCUGGGGGGCUUUGGUGCAGUGUUUGUCACAGUUUGUCAUGGCAGAAAAAAUGUAUCUAUCCUUAAGUUUCCUGGAACAGAAACGUUUUCAUGCUAUUGGGCGUUCCAAAGAUAACCUGCGGACUAUGCAUCUGCUCUUAAUGCAAGAAUAUCAGCGCAUGUCAGACUCGGCCCCUUCUUCACCUACCAGUCGUCAUUCCUCGCCAUCAGCUUCUCUUCCAUCACCGUCUCUGUCAUCAGCUGAAUUUGAGAUACUCCUUUCACACCUCUGUGGCCAACUGUAUCAUUUUCUAGCAGCACGACAGAAAAUGGUGGACUUUUACGAGCAGGUGUCAAACCUAGGAGCUCAUCGGCACAUGAAUUUUGAGGAUUUGUCUACGAUGGUGAAUCACAUUUUACAGGCCCAUGGCAAGGAGUUUCAUCACCCAUUGCUGUCGCCCCUAAGGAGCUAUUUCAAUUGGGAGUGUGAUGUUCUCAGUCAUUUGCUUCAAGCUCAGAUAUUGAUGUCUGAAUGGCAGUUUCUUCCAUCUUUGCUGCAACUCCAUUCUGCACACAGCAAACUUCAGGAGUGGCGCAAUGCUGCUAAUGUGAAAGAGUCCAAGAAACCAUUUGCCAGUGGGCCAAAAAUAAGCACAAUGCCAGCUUUAUUUCUUUGGCUUGCCAAAUUCAAGGGUUUUCUGGUCUCAAAGUUCAGUGUAUAUUUUUAUGCCACCCUAUCAAAGCAUUCAACACCUAACGACAUGAAAAUGUGGUUGAGUAAAGCUCCAGAAGAUUAUUUUUCAAAGAUAGUUACAUUUCAGAAGCGCUCUGAUGCAUACAAUAUUUCUCUUGUCCUGGAUACUAAUGGACUGAAGAAUGCCAGGACUGGAAAUGGCUACCACCACCCAGAUAGACCUGUGGAGAUACCGCAAGGCAUGGACAGCUACCCAGCAAUUCUGACAUACCCUAAUGAGCAGCCCAUGGGUCACUGGCCGAAUGUCCUGAUGCUAAUAACUCCAACAUGCUUGGCUGAAAAGUGCAGCUACUUCUUCGACUCGAAAGCGCUGAGCACGUACUUCAUCGUGAAGAUUGAUCCACGAAUCUACCUGGUAGUGAUCUUUGAAACCAAGAAGUCAGAAAAGGACUCUUACAUCAACUCAUUCCUGACAGAUUUUAGUGCACAACUUCGAGGGCACUGGAUUCUAGGCAGUCUGAAGUCACCUUUAAAGUAACUUGAGUUCACAUGACUAUGUGUGUGACAGACUCAUCUUUCUCUUGUUACUGCACAUGCUCAGGAACCAUCCAUGGAAAAUAAGAACAGGCGCCUUCUUUAUUUAGGUAGAUCCUUGCAACAGAAAACUGUAUUGAAAUUGGCAAAACUGUUUUGUGCAAUAUUUAGAAGAAUUCAUUUUAAAAGUAUGUAGCAUAGAACAGUGUGUCUCUUCUAGAAUGAAAACGAAAGGAGAAAGAAUAUGAUAUGAUACACUUUUGCCAGAGAGAAAGGACUGUCUUGGAGGUGGGAAAGAGAAAAUUUCAUGCUAAUAGAAUGAAUUUAACAAAACUAGCAAAUUAGGAUAGAGCAAGAGAAGGAGUGUGUUUUGUGUGUGAGGAAGGGGUUGCAUGGGUGUGAAAGUGCUUUUGUGAGAGUGUGUAUGUGAGUGGAUUGAGAAAAACAGUAAAAUUUAUUUUUAUUUAGUCUUUGUAGGUUUUUGCGUUGCCAGGAAUUGAUUCAAUGUAUCGGCAGCUUGAAAGAAAGCGCAUCCACAAACAUUAACAUUCUGUUCCCGGGACUCUCGCAAACACGCAUGACAGCCUGAAGAUACGCAAGCCUUCCCGUAAGAAAGUAAAAGUACAGUGAAAUAUACCACAAGCAGCUCCAAAAACAAAGGGUUGCGCAGUAUGACUGCCUUUACUGCAACAAAAAAAAGGGCAAUAAACGUGAUAUUUCAUGAAAAAAACAGUAAUGGAGCUAACGAAAAGUUCGGACUAUCCCCAGUGGUGAGUACUGCUCAUCUCCAGAAAUACGGUGUGUAUGAUAGAGUGCAUGUUAUGUAUAUAUAGGAGAUAUGCUGAGAGAAGGAGUGACAUUCCUAGUCUUGUCAUGUUCAGAAUUUAUUUCUGUGCUAUGCGUUUUUCAAUGUAGUUUUAUUUAUCAUCUGUGCUAAUUAUUUUAAUACGAUCUAGAGUCCUGCUUUUAGUAAGGUGGUGUGCAUUAUGUUUUUCAUUACAUUUCUAAUGUAAGAUUUGUAAAAUUAAUAGCUAUUGUUUCUUUUUA